AUGACUGAGGGAAACGAGAGUGCUGGAGCCACUUUUGUCCUCUUGGGCUUCUCAGAGUUCCCACACCUCCAGGCACCCCUCUUCCUGGUGUUCUUGGCCAUCUACACCAUCACUGUGGUGGGGAACCUGGGUAUGAUUGUGGUCAUAAGGCUCAAUCCCAAACUUCAGACACCCAUGUACUUUUUCCUUGGCCAUCUGUCCUUUUUGGAUUUUUGUUAUUCCAGUGUAGUCACACCCAAACUACUAGAAAUCUUAGUUGUGAAAGACAGAACUAUCUCCUUCAAAGGAUGCAUGACACAAUUUUUCUUUGCCUGCACAUUUGUGAUUGUGGAAAUGUUCAUAUUAGCAGCGAUGGCCUAUGACCGGUCUGUGGCUGUUUGUAACCCCCUGCUCUACACAGCUGCUAUGUCUCCUAAGCUCUGGGCUCUCCUGGUAGCUGGAACUUACAGAUGGGGUGGACUCUGUUCCUUGACAGUCACAUGUUCUCUCUUGGAACUAUCCUAUU